AUGCUGGUCGGCGGAGUCUACCUUCCACCUAACAUGCCCUCAAGCCAAUACUUUGAUUUUGCCUCAAUUGUCGAAGAGCUGCUCUUCACCUCUGAAAAUUUUGAACCUAUCCUGUUGUUGGGCGAUUUUAACCUCCCAAACGCGGAUUGGGAUCCUCUCGGCUCUCAAAUUCAUGAUUCUGCGAGCCAGCCAAUCAAAGAUCUUGCCCAUAUCUUCAAUCUUACACAGGUCAACGGUGUUAACAACGACCGUGGAAUAUUACUGGAUCUAGUUUUCUCUUCCAGGAUAGACAUCAGUGUCCGAAGGUCUCUUGAUCGCCUUGUUCAGGUGGAAUCACAUCAUCCAGCUCUCGAUAUUACCGUUCCAUGUUUCAGACCAGUCACUGAUAACAACAGGACCCAUAUCUACGACUUUAGGAGGAGUGAUCUGUUUGAGAUAUUUAGAGUGAUUCAGGGUUGGCCGUAUCCGGAACUGAGCAACGUGAUGGGGGAUAGUGUGGAGACAGCAUUCAUUGAUUUUUGUGGUUCUCUCAGUGGGGUGAUCAGGGACUUGACCCCCACGAAAGUACUUGGAAAACGCAACUUCCCUUGUUGGUUUUCAUUAGAGCUGAAGGCACUAGUCAUUUUGAAAAAGAAGCUGCACGUCAAGUUCAAAAAGUCAUUAAAAGACUCUGACUACUUGGAAUUUCGUAGUGUUCGUGCAAGGUGUAGGACGCUAUCCGCCUCCUGUUACAGGGACUAUAUACUUCGUAUUGAAAACUCCAUACCAAGCAAUGUGAAGGUCUUCUGGGGACACAUCAGGAAUAUGAAACGCAAGUCUUCAGCACUUUCCAACCUGUACCUUGACAACGUGACAGUGGACACCCCUAAAGGCAUAUGUGACUUGUUUGCUUCUUAUUUCUCUUCUGUAUACAGGCUCCCACAAACACUUCCAGUUCCUUUGGAGCUGGAAACCUCAUUCCAUCUGUCAGGUUUUCACAUCUCAUGUGAAGAAGUGGAGGAGACAUUAGCUGGGCUGGAUGAAAGGAAGGGCGCGGGGCCAGAUGGGAUUCCCCCAGUAGUAUUGAAGUUUUGUAGUGGUAUCUUGGCUCCACAUGUCACCCAAUAUUUCAAUGCUCUUCUAACUCUGGGCGUUUUCCCUAAGAACCUGAAGUCGAGCUUUAUUGCACCUAUCCUGAAAAGUGGUGAUCCAGUAAAUGCCAAGAACUACAGACCUGUUGCAAUUUAG